CCCGCCCUCCUGCCUGAAACGGCAUCAACAGUUGAGUUGACUCGAUGAUUAUUUUAUUCCGUCUCUGCUCCACUUCGACAAUGUUUGCCUUCCUCGGCGUCUUUCUUUUCUUCUCCCUCCGCCUGGUCGUCACCGAGGCGCAGACUUCGACGCCGUCAGCCGCUCCGAUUGCCUCUUGUGCCGCCAAGUCCAACACCAGCUGUGAAGAAUGUCUACAGAAUGUCAAUUGUUUGUGGUGUUUACCAACCAAGCAAUGUGUGGUCUACCCAGUGAAGAGCGUGCUGCCUCCAAGCAGUGUGUGUCCACUCAAGGAAGCACGAUGGGGUUUAUGUUGGGUCAACUUCCAGAUUUUGAUCAUCACACUGUCAGUGAUUGCUGGCGUCCUCCUCAUCGCCUUGUUGGCGUGCUGCAUGUGCUGCUGCUGCAGGCGUCAAAGAACCAGAAACGACGACUAUGAUGAUGAUAUUAGAGAAGCGCAACAAAACCAUGCAAGGAACUCCCGUCAAAAAGAAAGAAGAAUGGAAAUGCAGCUGAGGCAUGAUAAGAUAAGGCAGAAAUAUGGUCUUGCAAAGGAUAAUCCCUACUCACGCAUUGAUGACAAGAAAUAAGUACUGUGAUUUUUCAAAAAGUGGCCGUUUACACAACUGCAGAAAGUAGCAUGCAUCUAUUUAUUUGAGGGCAGGCGUUUGAUCAAGUGGAUGACUGCAAAUUUAAUUAUGUCUACAAUAAUGGAGGCCACUUUUUGAGAAUGUGCUGUCAUAGCUCUGAUUGCUCCAGAUGUUGCCAUAAUACCAAGUACAUUCCUGUGUACAUGUAAGCUAAAUUGUGAGCUUUAAAUCCUAUUUUACAGUGUUUGCCAAAAACGUCAGUAAGAUGUUACUUGACUGUUUGCAGUAUUUGCGCUCCUCUACAAUGUUUUAUAUUUUACAUUCAUUGAUUGCAUUAAAGUAUUGCUAACUGGUACUUUACCACACUCCACAUCAAAUGCAGGAUUUCCACCUUGCUCAUGUUUACGCAGCCUUUACUAACGAGGUCGUUUGCUGCACGUCAGUAUGACAGUACACAAAUGUAAUGUGUUUUGCAAAAUGAUUGCAAUUCCGCAACUAAUUGUUUUUAAAUGUUUGAAACAUUGAAAUUGUUUACAAUGUUGGUCCAACGCAUUUUGUAAUUGCUUAUGUUAAAAUAUUAAAUGAUCCA